AUGUAUCGAACUGUUUUAUCUUCUCUUUCCGACCCCAAUGGAGCUGGAAAGGGAAAUAAUGCACAGAACGAUCCACACAAGCGUAAAUAUGUUAAUCCUUUUUCAGAAGCACUUCACCAAGAAGUUCCAGAUUAUAAAUCUUUAGGAAUCUUCAUCACAGAACCACUUCAAGUGCCAAAAGCAAUUUUAUUCACCCCAUACAAAGGAAAACCAAUCGAUGUUAUUGCAGAAUUAAAGCGCAGAGGUAUCGAUUUAUCAAAACCCAGUAAUUUAUGGGAUACCAAUAUUCAAUUCCAAUCUUUUCUCGAUAUUAAGUACUUCGAGGAUACCAUGCUCUCCCCAUUACAGCCUGAAAUGAUGCUGGGAAUGCUAAAAGAAGUUCCUCCACAGGCGUUUCGUUUUUAUAAGGGAGUUUGCAUGCUCGAAUACGUUACUGACAUUGCGUACCAGCAGUCUACUGGAUUAUACAACGUCCGUUUUCGCGAUGGAAAGAGUUCAUUGCUUUCUCCGUUAUUUGUGCUCUUCCCGUUUGAGGACCCAGUAGCAUUUGUUGAUCGCUUAGAGCGCGCCUUCGCUCUUCGUCGUCUUGAAGAAUCUUGGUUCAGAUAUUGGUUAUACGUUAAGAAUAUUCCAUCUGAUGAUCUUCAGUCACUUACGCAGAGCGACAGAAAUAGAUUACUUACGACUAUUACGAAAUCUCCAAAAUUCAAGCUUUUCGCGAAAAAUGGAAGUAAAUACGAAUUCAGCAAGAAAAUACUUGACGAAGUUGAUACUCAAAUGAAAAUGGUCACCAACUCUAUAAUAUUCAAUAUGAGAAUUCUUUCAAAUCCUUUACUUUAUCGUGGAUUAAACCUUCCAUUACCGAGAUUACCAGGAUCCAUCGAAGAAAUACCAACACCAUCGACAGAAGGUGAUUUAAUCAUCAAGGAGAAGAUCAAAACUAUCCAAGGAAUCCAUCUUUUUACAAAUGAUUGGUUUGUUAACGCUGCUCCAAUCAUUGUUUCAUGGUGCUUGGAUAUUUCCAACAGCUGCUUGUUUAAUACCAUUUGCCCGCAAGCUUUGCCUCUUGAUCAAUGGCAAAGACACCACAGAAAUUACGAAAAGAAUAUGAUAAGCAAAGCAAGAAUGAAAUUCAUUUCUCAAGUAUCAACAAUUAUAUUCGAUGUUAUUAGAAAUAUCAAACCACCGUAUUCCCUUACAGAAUUCAACAAAGCAAUUUAUCUGGAAUCUCCUUUAGGCAGAUUCAUCGGCCUUUGCAAUCAAAUCAUUCAAAGCCAUCUAGUCGAUUUUAUUCUCAACUCAAUUUACUGGUUCGACCAAUACGUUAAAGAAAAAUCUCCAACACAAGUAAAUGUCGUCGAUUUCAGGAAAGUUGAGAACAUUUUCCCUACAAACGAAGAACAUACCCCGAUAUUUACAGUUUUCCUCGAAUGUGUUGAGGGAGAAGUCAAGUUCCAGCCACAAUUAGAUUAUUUCGUUUCCGCCGUUAACGAAGAGAUCGAAUACGCUAUAUCUUCUUUCGAAGACUUCCAGAAGAUCGAAACAUCUGUCCUUAAGGCUAUGAUGUGGACCCCUGUUCCUGUUUACAUUUUGCCAGAUCUUGAAUCUAAGGAAGUGGUCGGACUCAAGAAUUCAAUUAAGUCGAUGAUUGACGAGUCUAUUAAGCAUAUGAACGAAUACGUUAGCUCUCUUUCGAUCUUUGAUGAACUUCUCAAAGGAUCUGCAACGGAUUUCGCAAACAAGCUUAAGGAUUCGGAAGCCGACCUCGACAAAGUCAAAGAUGCAAUUGCUAAAGUCGAAAGCCAACAGAAGGAAUUGCAUCUUAACUUUCCAUUCAAAAUUACAAUCGGAUUAUUCAGAAUUGACCUCACGAAUAUCCGAAAGACCUUACACCAGAAACUCAGCGAGCGCCGCUUAGCACUUCUCCAGCUCCUUCUUUCAGUUUCCCACCAACAAAUGAAAGAUAUCCAGAAAUCAUACGAAAACAUAUGGUCGAAACUACUUGAAGAACCGAAGACAAUUGAAGCCCUUGUCAGCCAGCGCGAUUUCAUCGACAAUUUGAACAAGAAGCUUGCAGAUCUCAAAAAACAAUUUGGAGAAGUCCUCAAAUACCUGGACACCGUUGAAGAUAUGUAUGUUUCCAUACCUGAUGAGCAAGAUUCUCUCAGAUGGGAACUCGUUGGCUACGAAAAGAAGAUUUUGACCAAAUCCACAGAAGUUUCCAACGCUCUCAAGGUAAACAAGGUCAAACUACAAAAGGCAUUGCAAUGCGAUACAAUGAUGCUCACUUCCCAGAUCACUUCCAUCACAUCUGCAAUUGCAGGUGUAUUCGCAUUCAACGACAUAAACCAACACAUGUCUUAUGUAGCGAGAGUCAGAGGUAUCCAAACCAAAUUGGACGAAGCACUCGAAAAGGCCGAGCUUUACAAUAUGAGAGAAAAACUCUGUGACAUGGAAAUUUCGAAUUAUUCUCAACUGAAAUCACAACAAGAUGCAUUUGCUCCUUAUAAAAUGUUCUGGGAAGCUAUUUCUAAUUGGAAGACAUCAGUUGACAAAUGGAGAAAAGUACCUUUGAGUCAACUCAACGCUGCAGAUGUUGAAUCACAGUUCGCAGGAAUUCAACAACAAUUAGUACAAUCAUCUCGUGUCAUCACUGACAAAGAAAUCCUUGCAAUUGGUCAGGCAACGAGAGCCGAAAUGGACGGAUUCAAGAAGUUCCUGCCGAUAUUCUCUAUCAUGCUCAAUCCUGGUAUGACGGACAAGCACUGGAAACAGUUGUGCGACCUUGUUGGAGCAAAUAUUACUUUGACACCAACAAUGACACUUCAAAAUACGAUAGAACUUAAAUUGGCCGACCACAUAGCCAAUGCACAAGAGAUUUCCACAGCUGCAACUAACGAGCACAACAUCAAGACAUCGUUGAAGAAGAUUGCAGACCAAUGGGGAGAAACUGUUUUGGAUAUCACGAAUUACAAAGAAACAGAUUGGUUGAUUCUUCAUACAUGCGAAGAUAUUAUCAACCAAUUGGAUGAGAACUUGAUUACUUUACAAGCCAUCAACUUCUCACAGUACAAAGCUCCUUUCGAAGAAGAAAUUACUUCAUGGACAACUGGUUUGCAAUUGACAUUACAUGUCAUUGAAAAAUGGUUGGAAUGUCAGGCGAAAUAUCUCUAUUUGGCACCAAUUUUCUCAUCAAAAGAUAUCUGCCAUCAGUUGCCAAAUGAAGGUAUUCGCUUCCAAAAGAUCGCAGAAGACUGGGAUACAUCUCUUAAGAAGGCAAAAGAAAUACAGAACGCUUACAAGUUCUGUAAUGAUAAUGAUUUAUUCCAGUUCUUCAAGAAAGCGUUAGUUGAACUCGAAUCAAUCGAAAGAGCAUUGAUUGAGUAUUUGGAAACAAAGAGAACAGCAUUCCCUCGUUUCUACUUCUUGUCAAACGAAGAACUCCUCAAGAUUUUGUCACAAACAACAUCUCCUUCUGCUGUUCAACCUUAUCUCAAACGUUGCUUCGAAAACAUUGGCUCAAUCACCUUCAAAGGAACAGAUUGCGUCACAGAGAUGAUCUCUAUCGAAGGCGAAAGAGUUCCAUUCUCGAAGCCAACGAAUUUAACAGGAUCAGUUGAACACUGGAUGCUUGAUGUCGAAGGCGAAAUGAGAAACACACUCGAGAAAAUCAUGGAACAAGCUGUUACAGAAUAUCCAACAAGACCAAGAACAGAAUGGAUCGAUAUUUGGCCAGCGCAAAUCACUAUUGCUGUUUUCCAAAUCAUGUGGACAACAGCUGUAGAAAAUGCCAUCAAAGGAAAAUCUCUCAAACAAUUGUACGAAACAAUUUUCGGACAAUUACUUGAACUGGCUAAACUCACAACAACAAACUUAACUGAUAUCGCAAGAGUUGCUGUUUCAUCACUGAUUGUCAUGGAAAUGCACAACAGAGAUGUCGUCAGAAAACUCGCAGAUCAAAACAUAUCCGAUAUCAACCAAUUCGAAUGGAUAUCACAGUUAAGACAAUAUUUCGUAAAUGGAUACGAUGUUAUUCGAAUGGUUAAUGCUGAAUUCAGAUACGGAUAUGAAUAUCUAGGUUCAACACCACGUCUUGUUAUCACUCCUCUUACAGAUAGAUGCUAUUUAACACUUCUAACUGCUUUGGACAUGCAGAUGGGUGGUGCUCCUCAAGGUCCUGCAGGUACAGGUAAAACAGAAACAACUAAAGAUCUCGCAAAAGUUGUUGCUAAACAAUGCGUCGUAUUUAACUGUUCUGAAGGUUUGGAUUACUUGCAAAUGGGUACUUUCUUCACAGGUCUUUCUUCUUGCGGCGCUUGGGCUUGCUUCGAUGAAUUCAACCGUAUUGAUAUCGAAGUUCUUUCUGUUAUCGCUCAGCAAAUUGCUACAAUUCAAGCGGCCAUUCAACAACAUAAACAUCACUUCACUUUUGAAGGUCGUGAAGUCAGAUUAAAUCCAACAUGUGCUAUUUUCAUCACAAUGAACCCAGGUUACGCGGGACGUACAGAACUUCCUGAUAACUUGAAAGCUUUGUUCAGACCAGUUGCUAUGAUGGUUCCUGAUUACACAAUGAUUGCAGAAAUUCUUUUGUAUUCUUUCGGUUUCGAAACCGCCAAAUCUUUGGCUGUCAAAAUCACUUCCACCUUCAGAUUGUCAUCAGAACAGCUUUCCAACCAGUCCCACUACGAUUUCGGUAUGCGUGCUGUUAAGACAGUUAUUAAUACUGCUGGUAAUUUGCUCCAAAGAGAGAAAGAUCUUUCCGAACAAUUAAUUAUUUUGAGAGCUUUGAAAGAUGUAAACGUUCCAAAGUUUACACGUCAAGACUUGCCAUUGUUCAACAACAUUAUCUCAGAUCUGUUCCCGAAUGUCCAGGAGAAGCAUUUGGAUUACACAAACCUCAUUGCUGCAAUCAGAGAAGUCUGCAAGAAGAAGAAACUGAAAGAUUCAAUGAUAGACAAAGCUAUCGAACUUUACGAAACCGUCGGAGUUCGUCAUGGUGUUAUGUUGGUUGGUCCAGCCGGAUGUGGUAAGACAGUCUGCUACGAAACACUUGCAGAAGCAUUAACAAUUCUUUCCAAAGACAACCAACAAUAUUCACCUGUUCAACCAACAAUUAUCAAUCCAAAGUCAAUUACUUUAGGCCAAUUGUACGGUGAUUUCGAUCCGCACAGCCACGAUUUCACAGAUGGUUUACUUGCUGAUGCUGUUAGAUUCGCAUCUGCCGAGCCACCGCCUGUACAUCAUUGGAUUGUCUUGGAUGGUCCUGUCGAUGCUUUGUGGAUUGAAAACAUGAACACAGUUCUCGAUGAUAACAAGAAACUUUGCUUGUCAUCAUCAGAAGUCAUUCCUUUGACACCGAGAAUGAGAAUGUUCUUCGAAGUAGAAGAUCUAAAGGUCGCUUCCCCAGCUACAGUUUCUCGUUGUGGUAUGGUUUACAUCGAAAACAAGAUCCACGAUUACGAGAGUCUUUUGUACACAUGGUUAUUGAAUCAUGAAGACAAGAGAGCUGUCCUUGAACCACAGAUCACUAAGUUUAUCCCUGAUGUAUUAGUUCCUGCCAUUGAUUUCGUUAAAGCAGAAAUCAAAUCGGUUUUGCCAUUCCACGAAUACACUUUCUUCAGCAAUUUCUUGAAUUUGCUUUCCGCAAUCUUGAAAUCGGAGAAAGAUCUGACAAACAUCAAUAACUUCAUGAUCUUCUCAUUGUACUGGUCACUUGGCGCAAUGACAAAUGGCCAGGAUAGACAGGCAUUCGAUACAACAGUCAAAGGAAUCCUUGAUAAACAAAAUAUUCCAAGACCUGAUGAAUUGACAUUGUUCGAUUAUUGCGUCAAAGGAAAUGAAUGGACCAAAUGGAUUGAUAUGACAGACAAGCCACCGGAAGGAGGUGUUCCGUCAGAUGCUAUCAUUCCAACAGUUGAAACAACAAGACAUUCAUGGGUUAUCAACGCUUUGGUCAUGAACGGAAUCGCUGUUUUGGUUACUGGUGUUACAGGUUCAGGAAAAACCGUUACUUUACAAAAGUACAUUGAAUCCCAACCAACACUUGUCAACAACCCGUUGACGUUCUCUGCCCAGACAACAGCCAAUGGUGUACAAGACCUCAUUGACAGCAAAUUCGACAGAAGAUCAGCAGGUAUCUUUGGUCCGCCAAUUGAUCACCGCGCAAUUAUUUUUGUCGAUGAUAUCAACAUGCCUCGCAAAGAGAAAUAUGGAGCACAGCCACCAAUAGAACUGUUAAGGCAGUUGCUUUCACAAGGCGGCUGGUACGACAGGAAGAAGAGAACAUUUAAGAAGUUUGUCGAUGUACAAAUGGUCUGUUCAAUGAGAUCUCCUGAAGGUCCAGAACAAACACCAACAGGAAGAUUCUUAAGACACUUCCAUCAGAUCGUUUUCCCUGAAAUAUCAAAUGAUUCAAUGACAAGAAUCUUCCACGCAAUAUUGAGCCAUCCUUUGCAAGCUGUUUCCGAUGUAAUCGAGCCAUUAAUCAAAGCAUCCGUUGAAAUCUACGACACAGUUUGCAAGCAGUUAUUGCCAACACCUUCAAGAGUUCAUUACACAUUCAACUUGAGAGAUAUCGCUCAAGUAAUAAGAGGUGUAACUUCUCUUCAUUCCAGCCAGGCAAACGACAAGAACAAUGUUUUGAGGAUCUGGUACCAUGAGUCAAUCAGAGUCUAUCACGACAGACUUGUAAAUGAUGAAAACAGAGAUUGGUUCAUGAGAUUAUUGAAGAGAGUUUUACACGAAACAUUCGGUGUCAGACACUUCCAUUUGAGCUCAAUCGAACCAGUCAUUUACGCAGACUUUGGUGUUGAUGAUUCCAAGAAAUACCAACAAGUCACCGAUCUCGAGAAGUUCACAAGAGUUUGCCAGAACAAUCUCGACGAUUACAACGCAGCAAAUUCACAUCCUCUUGAUUUGUGUCUCUUCUCAGAAGCCAUACAACAUCUCUGCAGAAUCUGCCGCAUCAUAAGAGAACCAGGACGAAAUGGUUUGUUACUUGGUGUCGGUGGUUCAGGUCGUCAAUCAUUAACAAGAUUGGCUGCUUAUAUCUGCGGCGUACAGUUGUUCCAACCAGAGGUUUCUCGAUCAUAUUCGAGAGUUGAAUGGCGCCAGGACUUAAAGAGAUUGUUACUUGACUGCGGCUUGCAAAAGAAAGAAACCGUUUUCUUAGUUUCAGAAUCACAGUUGAUUGAUGAAUCAUUCUUCGAAGAUAUCAACUGUCUUUUGAACAGCGGUGAUCCUCCAGCAUUGUUCGAUGAUGAUGACAUGGAAAAGAUCAUUACAGGAACAACACCUUUGGCUAAAACUCUUGGUAUUGUUGCAACAAGAGCUUCCGUUUAUUCCCUCUUCAUUUCUCAAGUCAAAUCACACAUGCACGUCAUGAUUGCUUUGUCACCAAUUGGUUCAUCAUUCAGAAGACGUGUAAGAAUGUUCCCAUCAUUAAUUUCUUGUUGCACAAUCGAUUGGUUCGCUGAAUGGCCAAUUGAAGCUCUUGAAAACGUUUCAACAAGAGUCAUUGGACCAGAAUAUUCAAAGUUCUGCGCUUCUGCACAUUCCAUUGUAUCCAAUUAUUGCCAGAAGUUCUUCGAAGAGAUGAAACGUACUAACUACGUUACUCCUUCAACAUUCCUUUCCUUCCUGAACUUGAUUACAUCUCUUGGAGACAGAUUGAAGACAAAACUCGAAACAACAACAAACAACAUCCAGAAAGGUCUUCAAAAGAUGGAAGAAGCAUCAAAGGAAAUUGUCGUUCUCGAGAAGAACAUCAGAGAAUUGCAGCCAGAACUCGCAAGAAGAAAGGAUGAAACAGUUAUUAUGAUCAGAGAACUUUCCGCGAACCAAGAACAAGCGAAAGCAACGAAAGACAAAGUCGCUGCAGCCACAAAAGAAGCAGAAGAACAAUCAGUAAUUGCAGACCAAUUAAGUCAACAAGCUGCUGAAGAUCUCAAACAAGUCGAGCCAAAGAUUGAAGCAGCUGUUCAAGCUCUUUCCAAACUUUCUAGAUCCGAAAUUUCCGAACUCAAAGCUGUCGCAGUCGAAACAGAACCAAUGAGAUUAGUUUGCACAGCUCUUUGCAUCAUUUUCGAUGAGCCACCAAAGAAAGGAAAGAGACCAAAUGGUCAGCCUUACGAUGAUUACUUCUCCGCCGCCAAAUCAAUUCUCGCAGAUCCAAACUUCGUCAAGCGUCUGAAGGAUUGGAUUGGCCUCAACAAAGACAAGAUUUCUCCUGUAAAAAUGCAGAAAUUGAGAGUUGUUUUGGACAACCCUGAUUUCGCUCCAGAAGUCAUGUCAUCCAAAUCUCAGGCCAUGGGAACAAUCUGCUUGUGGGUUCACGCUAUCGAACUCUAUUACAACGUGAAUGUCGAAGUAGAACCAAAGAGAAGAAAGAAAGCAGAAGCAGAAAAGAACCAACAAGAAGCUUUGAAGAUUGUCGAAGAAAACAAAGCUAAACUUGCAGAUAUCGAAGCCAAAGUUGCCGAAUUGGAAGAGAAGCACAAGAAAUCUGAACAAGAACUCAAAGAACUCACAGACAAGAAAGAGAAAUGUACAAUUCGUCUUCAAAACGCUUCUAUUCUCACUUCAUCUCUUGAACACGAACGUGAAUCAUGGCAGAAAAUGUUGGUUGACUUCGAUGCCCAAAAGAGGAGAAUCACAGGAGAUUUGCUUCUUGCUGCUGCAUCUGUUGCUUACUUAGGUCCAUUCACAUCCGAUUUCAGAAAGCUUAUUUUGCUCGAAUGGUCCCAGAAACUUGAAGAAUUCGGAUUCCCAAGAACACCGGGAGGAAACAUCACAAAGAUUCUCGGUGAUCCAUUAACAGUUUUGCAGUGGAACUUGAAGGCUUUGCCAAGAGAUGAUCUCUCCAUUGAAAACGCCAUUGUGUUAACUGAAUGCAGGAAAUGGCCUUUGAUUAUUGAUCCACAAAACCAAGCUUCCAAUUUCAUCAAGAACAUCGAACCAGAGAUUUUAGUUCUCAGGCCGAAAGAAAAGACAUUUGUUCGUUCUCUUGAAAACGCCAUCAAUUUCGGACGUCCAGUUUUAGUUGAAGGAAUUGAUGAGGAAUUAGAUCCUUCAUUAGAUCCAAUUCUCAUGAUUUCAUCAAGAGAUAAACCAGUACAAAUCAAAUUAGAGCAUCAAGUUACUCUAAAUCCAACCUUCAAAUUGUACAUGGUUACAACAAAUCCAAACCCAACUUUCUCACCAGAAAACCUUGCAAAAGUUACAUUGAUCAACUUCACAAUUACACAAACAGCUUUAAGUGAUCAAUUACUUGCAUUGGUUGUUGCUAAAGAGAAACCAAAUCUCGAGAAAGAGAAAGAAACAUUGGUCGUAAACAACGCUCAAAUGAAGUCCCAAAUGCUUGAAAUACAAGCAAAGAUUUUGCAGUUGUUGCAAGAAUCUAAAGGCGAUAUUCUCGAUGAUGUUGAACUUAUCAACACAUUGGCAGAGUCAAACAAGACACAGAAGACAUUAACAGUGUCCAUGGCUCAAUCAGAAGAAACAGAAAAGCAAAUCGAUAGCAGCAGAAGAGAAUACGAACCUGUUGCAAGACGUGGAGCUCUUUUGUACUUCUGCGUAAUCGAUUUAAGACAUGUUGCUCCUAUGUAUCAAUAUUCAUUGUCAUGGUACGCAGGAUUAGUUUCUAAAUUGAUUUCUGCAGCACCACAUUCUGCUGUUCUUGAAGAGAGAAUUGCAAAUCUCAUUCAAUACAUAACUCUCAAAGUUUUCAAGAACAUUUCCAACUCUUUGUUCGCAAAGCAUCAGUUGAUGUUCGCCUUUUUGAUUGCAGCAAGAAUCAAACUCGAUAAAGGAGACAUCACAGAGAAUGAAUGGAAGUUCUUGUUAACAGGAACAACAGAAACAACUCAAGAACCACCUCCAAACAAAGUUCCUGAGUCAAUAACUGAUGCAACAUGGGCAGAAUUGUUCAAUUUGUCACAGAUCGAAGUAUUCGAUGGAUUCGAUAAUUACGUGGCUGAACAUGUCCAAGAUGUUCUCAAGAUCGAAAACUUCUUCGAAGAUCCAAUCGGAGGAAGCUACGACGAGAGAAUGAACUUGUUCAGAAGACUCUGCAUCGCAAGAUGUUUGAGACCAGAUACAUUAGUUGACGGAUUUACAAAGAUGAUCAGAGAAGAUUUAGGUGAUGAAUAUCUCGUUGUUGAACCAUCAAACAUCAGCCAAGCUUACGCAGAUGCAGGCCCAACAACACCAAUUAUCUUCAUCUUGAGCAGUGGUACAGAUCCAGCACAAGAUGUCCAGAACUUCGCAGCACAAAUGGGAUUCCUCGAGAAAUUGAGAGCUCUUUCUCUCGGCCAAGGACAAGGAACGAAAGCUGCAGAGCUUAUAGAGAACGGAAGAACAGAAGGUUUCUGGGUUUUGCUGCAGAACUGUCACUUGGCUACAUCAUGGAUGCCUAAACUCGAAGAAAUCCUUCAGAACUUGAAAGAUGUUCACAAUGAUUUCAGAUUGUGGCUCACUUCAAUGCCUUCUGCCGCUUUCCCAGUUUCCAUUUUGCAGAACGGUAUCAAAGUCACAACAGAGCCACCACAAGGAUUGAAGGCUACAUUGACACAGUUGUUCCAGUCUUAUGGACAGAAGACACUCAAAGAAUGUCCAAGAGAAAACGAGUUCAAGUCGUUGUUCUAUUCUUUGUGCUUCUUCCACGCCGUUGUUCUUGGAAGGAGGAAAUACGGACCACUCGGUUGGAACUGCAUUUACGAAUGGACGAAAGGCGAUUUAGACAUUUCCAGGAAACAGUUGAACCUCUUCUUGUCAGCAACAGGACCAAUUCCUUACAAGACACUUGGUUUCCUCGCAGGAGAAAUCAACUACGGUGGUCGUGUAACUGAUGAUUGGGAUCGCAGAACAUUGUUGACUUUGUGCCAAGAUUUCUAUCGCGAAGAAGUCCUCAAAGAAGGCUUCAACAUUGCUGGAAAUUACAUGACACCUCCUCCAUCGAAUCUCCCAGAAUACCUCGAAGUAAUCAAUCAAUAUUCAGUCACAGAUACUCCAGAACUCUUCGGCCUCCAUCAAAACGCUGAUUUGAACUUGAAGCAGCAAACUUCCUUCACUAUCUUGUCUGAUAUUUUGUCGACAAGGCCACGUGGAGGCGGAAACUCUUCAGGAGGAAACAACAGCCUCGUUCAAACAGUCAAUGCUUUGCUUAGAAAAGUUCCUCAGCAGUUGGAUAUGAAGACAAUCCAAGAGAAAUUCCCGAAUGUCUACGAAGAAUCAAUGAACACAGUUCUCCAACAAGAAGCUGUUAGAUACAACGAAUUGCUCCAGUUGAUUGAGACAUCACUCAAGGCUUUAAUCAAAGCAAUGAAGGGUCUCAUUGUUUUCACAAACGAAUUGGAAGAAAUGUCAACAGCAAUCGACCAAAACGUUGUUCCUCCAAAUUGGGCAGCAAUCGCUUAUCCAUCAAUGAAACCACUCAACUCUUGGAUGGCGGAUCUCAACGAUCGUCUCAAAUUCUUACGCGAUUGGAUCGAUUUCGGACAGCCAAGAGUCUUCUGGAUCUCCGGAUUCUUCUUCCCACAGGCUUUCUUAACAGGAACAAAACAAAACUUCGCAAGAAAAUACAAAGUUCCAAUCGAUGAAAUUUCCUUCGAUUUCCAGGUACAAGACAAAGGACCUCAGAGAAUCAUCAGACCUCCACAAGAUGGUGUCUACAUCUAUGGUUUGUACUUAGAAGCUUGCGGAUACGAUACAAUUGGAAAGAAGUUAGUUGACGCAUUGCCAAGACAGUUGACACAAGAAAUGCCAGUUAUUUGGCUCAAACCAGUUCAAAACAGAGUUACUCCAACAACAGGUAUCUACAGAUGCCCUGUCUACAAGAUUGGAACAAGACAAGGUGUUCUUACAACAACAGGUCACUCUUCUAACUAUGUACUUACAAUUGAGCUUCCUACAGAUGUCGAUGAAGCAUUUUGGAUCAAGAGAGGUGUUGCAUUGCUUUGUUCAUUAUCAAGAUAA